UAGUGCUUCUUAAAAACAACAAUCUUUUCUAAUAUUUCCUCCCGCCGGCAGCCAAACAGCCAGAACCAAAACCCUAGAGAAAGCCACCGGCUGCCGGCGAUGUCGCCGGUCGAUCCUCACUCUUUCACCGACUCCUCCCAACCCUUCUGUACCAACAUCGCUCUCGCUCUAUACCUCGAUUUCUCCUCCACCACCAUACUGGGUUCUGUCCUCAUCUUGCUUCCUAAGUGCCAUUCCGGAAGCCUCACCCUAGACUCCCGUGACAUCUCCGUUUCCCGCGUUAUCGAUCCUGUUUCCCUCUCCCCCUUGCCCUUCUCCAUCUCAUCCACCGAUCCCAUCAAGGGUUCCUCUCUCACCAUCACCCUUUCACGUCAUUCCUCCGUCUUCAUAGCCUUCUCCACCUCUCCUUCCUCCUCUGCUCUCCAAUGGCUUUCCCCCGGGCAGACCUCGUCCGGAUCCCAUCCUUUCGUCUACACUCAAUGUCAACCCAUUCAUGCCAGGUCCGUUUUCCCAUGCCAAGACACCCCCGCCGCUCGCAUUUGCUAUGCCGCCCGUAUCAACCUUCCCCUUCCCCUUUGCGCCGUGAUGUCUGCCACUAAGGUUGCACGUAGUAAGCCCGUCAUCGGAGAAGGGUUUCCCGGCAUACCCGACUCCCUCUGGUGCAGCGAGGAUCGCAUCGUCGAGCACUUCUCCAUGGAACAGCCGAUUCCGCCAUACCUUUUUGCUUUGGCUGCUGGUGAGAUAUCGGAGCAGGCUUUGGGACCUAGGACGACGGUUUAUGCUGCGGGCGGGUCCGAGUUGCUGGAUGCUGCGGCGAGGGAGUUUCGUGGGAUUGAGGAUAUAGUGAGAGCUGCGGAGGCAUUGUUUGGGCCGUAUGAGUGGGAGAGGUUUGAUCUGCUAUUGUUGCCUCCCAGCUUUCCGUAUGGGGGUAUGGAGAAUCCUAGGAUGGUAUUUCUGACUCCGUUGGUGAUCAAGGGCGAUGAUACCGGGGCGCAGGUGGUGGCACAUGAGCUCGCGCAUAGCUGGACGGGUAAUCUGAUAACAAAUAAGACCAACGAGGAUUUCUGGCUUAAUGAGGGUUUUACAACUUAUGCUGAGAGGAGAAUUGUAGAGGCUGUGCAGGGGAAAAAACGAGCAGACCUGAAUAUUGGAAUCGGGUGGAGGGGAUUGAAUGAUGAAAUGGAAAGGUUCAAAGACAAUAUGGAGUUUACGAAGUUGAAGACGAAACAGGAAGGUGUGGACCCUGAUGAUGUUUACUCUCAGGUGCCAUAUGAAAAAGGUUUCCAGUUCCUCUUGCGCAUUGAACGCCAGAUUGGUCGCCCGGCUUUUGACGAGUUCCUGAAUAAGUAUAUUACUACUUUUAAGUUUCAAUCUAUAGAUACGGAGACAUUUCUAGAAUUUCUAAAGGCAAAUUUGCCUGGAAUAGAAAACCAGAUUAAUCUUCAGCUUUGGGUUGAGGGUACUGGUAUCCCUCCCGAUGCCAUGGAGCCAGAGUCAACUAUCUACACACAAAUUGUGUCCCUGGCCCAAGAAUUUAAGUUGGGAAAGAUGCCAAGAGAGGAUGAAGUGGUGGACUGGAAUGGACAGGAAUGGGAGCUUUACCUGGAGAAUUUGCCUAAUUCUGCUGAGGCUUCCCAGGUUGCAGCUCUGGAUGCUCGUUACAAGCUAUCUGGAUCUGGGGACUGGGAGGUGAAGGUUGCCUUCCUUCAGCUAGCGAUUUCAUGCGGAUGCAAACAAUACUUUGGCGAAGUCGAGAGAUCUCUGAAGCAGGUGGGAAGGAUGAAAUACCUCCGCACACUCUACACUGCUCUGGUUCAGGGACCUGCCAAGGAAGAAGGGAAGGUACUCGCGAGAAGAAUUUUUACAGAGGCUCGUGAGUUCUAUCAUCCCAUAGCACGAGGUGUUGUUGAAUCCAUAUUUUCUAAGCAUUUAUAACUUCAAUGAUUGGCACUGGCAUUGAUUAAUUACCCUACCGAUCAUGAUAAUUUUUUUUUAAAAAAUUAAGCAUGCAUCCAUUUGUAUUAUGCUUUGAUCAUGGUAACCUAUUCUAUUGAUUCUGUGUGAUCAUUGGGUGGUAAUUGGAA